AUGGACAGCAGAGAGUCUCAACACCAUACGGAGAUGGAGCUCCCCUCAUCUCCAAUCUCCCGCCUCCCGCCAGAGCUCCUCUUUCGCAUCCUCACAUUCGUUGGCCUCGCCGGCGGCCCCGAUUCCCUCCGCUCCUGUAACCUUACCUGCAAGGGCUUCCACGACAUAAUCGAGGACCCCACCCUCGACAAAUACAUCUACCGCGCCGCAGCAUUCUUCUUGCUCUCCCACGACACCCGACUUUUCCCAGACCCCAACCUAUCCGGAACCCGUGUGCCUCCUUCACCCACCACAAAGCGACAAACAUUCAAGGCGUUCGCCAGAACUUUGCACCUCUCCCGCCGAGAAUUUCCCGCCGAGUUGCACCAUCCCUCAACCACCAGUAUCCCAGACGCAAAUUGUCCAACCACGCGAUAUGGGCCCAGUUAUGUCGCACGUGACUGGCAUGUCCAAGACAACUUCCGAACCCUGGCCUCGCACAAGAACGAGAAAUACGCCGCCGCACAGCUGCCCCCUCUAUCAGUAGACCCCAAGGGGCGCACGGUCAGCCGUAUCAUCGACUUUGUACACUCGUCCACCGAAGCCGCACGCACUGAGGAGGGCGUCGCCUAUGUGGGCGUCAAGACAUGCGGCUGGGGAGAUGCCCAACCACCGGGAAAGACAUCGUCGAAACAGGGCGAAACAUCAAGCUGGAUUCUCUUCUCAGACGACCCCCGUGUGUUCCCCGAGAAGCGCGAUCGCGGCUGGAUCACAGUCCAGCGUGCUGCAAUCCUCGGCGGUGCACCCUCGGCAUCGCCGUCCAAUGUGCCGUUGGGUCAGAGACUGCAGCAGCAGCAUCAAGAGAAGGUGGAGGCGUUGGCCGGCAAGUAUAAAAACUUGAAACAUGAUGACCAAUCGACGCCGCAUGGGAUACUACCGCCGCAUGGGAUACUGCCACCACCAAGCGCUAGAGAUAUCGCAGAGGCCGAGAAGGCAUGGAGUCCCUUUAUCAAGCCAGUGGACCACGAUAAAUUUAUGAAUGCGCAACGUUGGGGUACCGUCAGCCGCGGUGUCAAUGCGAGCACAUACAAGGCACUUCCGAGGAAGAAAUCGUCGGCAACACCGCCGCCGCAGCUCGAUGGAGAUUGGUUCACGGUGGAUAAAGCAUUGUGGACCAUGAAACAUGUAUCUGAUCUCGGACUUGUGAACUUUGCAAAGUCGCUCCUCCACUCUGACGCAAACCUACGGCUUGUGCCUCGACUCGUGCAGAAGCAAUUGGAGGUUGCAGCGGUGGAGCGGCUUUGUAUGGAGAACGCAGAUGGCGAAGUAGAGGUUAAUAUGGCAUGGAAGAUGCCCCGCUCCAUAAAGGAGCUGAGCCUGGAAGCUCCGCUGGAACGGGAUGCCGAGCAGGAGUGGGAUGAGGAGCAUAAUGAAGUCACCUGGGAGUUCAAGAGCUGCGGUAAACACCUCGUUAUCUGUGACGACAACAGCUGUCGUCGCGCCAGUACAGUCAACUGCUUUACAGGAAGCGUCCCGACUAGCGCCGAAGAGGAUCUGAAUCAGAACCACAGAUCCAUGUGCUCCGACAACAGCCUCCGUUGGCAGCGCAGGAUGGUGGUGAAGGGGAACGACGGAAGAAGCGGCGAAUACUGGCUCGAUAACGAUGGUAUCUCCAUGAACUCUACUGUGGUUGCGUACUCUACCCGUCGUCAUGUCAUUCCACUUGUUGGGCGUCCGGACCGUUACUCUUACAAAGCUGUCAUGGAAUUCCACAUCCUCUCCGUGCAGACCGGCGACACAAUCAAGAUCCUCAACCUUGCAGAGGAAGAACGGGACAUUGUUGACCGCUGCUAUAUGUGGUGUUCCUUCGCAAUCGGUGACGGAGUUCUCGUAGCAUCUCUUGGCGGGCUUGGCCCAACAGUUCGUAGAGAUGACGAUGAUGGCAUGUGGGCCGGUAUCGGUAGAAGGAAGAAAUACGGUUAUGAGAACCUUUUUGUAUGGGACUUGGGCGAUGAGUCCAGCCUCGAUGACCCCCCACAAGUGGGCGUCUUCAAGGGCGAGACAGAAGCAGAGGCCAAUGCGCUUCUUGUAUCCCCAAGAAGCAGAAUUCCAACACCACAGGGAUGGGGAGAACUGGAUAAAUACAUUACCAUCAGCGGAUGUGGAAGAUACCUGGGUGUUUGCGCCGAGUGGAAAAUGGGUAUCUGGGACAUGGAGCAAAAGACAUUCGAGGGUCUCUGGAGAGUCGGCGAUGCUGACCAUCUUGAAGUGGACUCCAUCAACAUUAUCCACGAACGCGACGACUACAAUCGCCGCGACGACGAAUGUCUCGCUUGGAAUGGGCUCUGGAUCAAAUGGCGCGAUGUCAUUGACGCCCCAGACUCGUCCUCCUCCGAGCCCGAGGUCAUCAACCAGGACGUCACAUUCAUCAAUUCGCGAGACCUGCGCCGCGCCAUUGGCGGUGUGGAUCUCGAGAUGGACCGGCGCCGCAGCUGGAUGAACGGACACCGCAUCAAUCAGACCAUUGAGUAUGAUCCCGACGCUUCCGAGAGCGAUAGUGAAAGUGUGGGGAGUGCGUUGAUGGAGUGGGAGAGUGGCACAAUGGGUGUGUGGGAGGAUGCGGAGGAGGGGUAUGCGAUGAUGGCGGCGGGGGAGGAGACGGAAGGGGAGGAGAUGGAGGGUGAGAGUGAUGCCGAUAUUGGUUAUAUGGGCACGGGGACGGGGAUAUGGUCGUAG